UCGUCCAUCUGGCCUGCAGUCUGAGAGCCACUUCCGGCUUCUAGCCCAUUCUCCCGUCUGAAUCACACGGUCGCGUAAUAACUAUCGAUUCUCUUGCCAGCAGCCGGCUUUUGAGUUCAACAGAAAAAGCCAUGGCCAAUUUUGUCUUAAUUUUGCUUGGAACAGUAAGUAUCCUUUCGGUAGCUUCCAGCUUCAGCGGAUACGCGCCUCUUGCUCCGAUUGUAAACACAGUUUCUGGCCCCGUGCGCGGUGAAGCCAUCGUCUUAAUCACGAAGAAGACCCUUGUUCAAUAGCUUGGAAUACCGUUUGCUAAAGCAGGAAAAUUCGAGGCUCCCCAUUCGCCGAUCCCGUGGAAAGAUACGAAGAACACAACUUCUUUUGGGCAGGCAUGUCCUCAAAAUCCUUCCUUGGUCGUAAACUCGACAGAGAAAGACACAGGGGAAGACUGUUUAAAUUUAAAUGUCUUUGUCCCACAAGACAAAGGGACAGAGAAUGGUAGUAAGUUAUCCGUCAUGGUGUGGAUAUAUGGAGGUCGAUUUUCAGUAGGAAGUGCUGCCUACCAUAGCUACAAUGGUCAAUACCUUGCUACCGAAGGAAAAGUGAUAGUCGUUACUUUUAAUUACCGUCUCGGUGUACUUGGGUUUUUGUCCACGGGAUCAAAGGAGAUCCCCGGUAACUUUGGGCUUUUAGAUCAAGUGAAGGCCUUACAGUGGGUACAACAAAACAUUGAAAGGUUUGGAGGAAAUUCAAAGGAUGUAACAAUUUUUGGUCAUUCUGCUGGAGCAGCAAGUGUGGCCCUACACAUGUUGUCACCCCUUAGCUAUGGGCUCUACCACAAAGUUAUUAUUCAAAGUGGAAGUGCAGCAGCCACAUUUGCGGCAAGUGACAACAAAACAGCCAUAGAUUUAGCCAGUGCUCUUGCAACUCGUGUGGGAUGCAACAUGUCAGAACUAAAGAAAUGCUUAAAAAGUAAAAAUGUAUCAGAAAUCCUGAAAGCUCAGAGGAAUAUUACUGGAGAUCUUUUAUCAGAUAAACCUUUGCUGUUGCCAGUUGUUGAUAAUCACUUCCUACAUGAUUUUCCCUAUAACCUUCUUGUUGGUGGAAAGUUCAACCAAACUGUACCAGCAAUGAUAGGAGUUACCCGUAAUGAAGGCGGGUUUUUUGUCCUUCCGGAAAAGGGUGUGACACCUGGAAUACCCGGUAUAGAUAAAGGUAUCAACCAAACCACAUUUGAUAGCUGUGUGAGGCGUGGUCGGCACUGGGUCUACAACCAAACCCUAAAAGUUGUGGAGUCAGUGAUUUUCCAGUAUACAGACUGGAUCAACCAAACAAACCCACUGGCAAGGUUCCGUCAAAAAUACCUCGACUUGAUUACCGAUUCAUUAUUCAAGGCUCCUGCGGUCCGUUCAGCACAGGUCUUUGUUAAGAACAAACUCAACGAGACUUUCUUUUACUGCUUUGAUCAUGUGAAGUCUAGAUUUCCAACAUGGGCAGGAGUUUUUCAUGGGAGUGACCUAAUUUACGUGUUUGGACAUCCCUUUGUAAGGUACAACAAGAAUGUCAGUGAAUCUAAUCAAACGGAAGAGAUAAUUUUCUCAAAGAAAGUCAUCACCUUUUGGAGUACAUUUGCCAAGACAGGCAAACCAGCGCCAGAUAGCGAAUGGCCAGCAUACACUCUUGGGAAAGAACAGUAUAUCUCUUUGAGUCCAGAACCUUCCGUACAAGCAAAAAUGCUUCCAGAGAAGAUGGCAUUCUGGAAUUCACUGCUCCCUACUUUAACAGAACAACAACCAACAUCGGCGCCUUUGGUUGCAACAAAACCUACAACGUCAGUGACUUCACGUCCAUCUACAACCCCAGUAACUCCACGUCCACCUGAACAGAGGGAUGAAGUAGAUGAUAAAAAAGCCGAGUAUGCCCUUAUUGGUGUAGUCGCUGCUCUUGGUCUACUGGUCCUUGUCCUUCUUGUGGUUGUUUGGCGUUAUAGGCGUAAACUAGGAGAUGGUAUCUCCGACCCUGGUGGUCUAACAACCAGGCUAAUAUAGGUCCAACCUUGGCAGACAUAGUUGCAAUCUUGGCGGCUUACGCCCUUAACCUUGUCUUUAGUUUCAAAGGUGUUUUCUGAGCGUCAGUUUCCCAUUCUAGGAUAUUGUAGUUCUAUGCUAAGGAUUUUAUGUCCCUGUAUUGGCCAGUAUCAUUCUAAUACAGUUCAAUACGACGGAACCCUAGGUUAAAUACCUUGUAUGUUAGCUACGGUUACCAAGUGAGACUUUAUAAUCAAUUCUUUAAGUUUCAACAUGUGCGCUUACCAAAGGGUCUCAAUGGGGUGUUAACUUUUACGGCUAACGGUUAAGAUUUGGCCUUUUUUACGGCUUACGAUUAAUAUCUUUCCAUUAUUGUCACCAAAAACUUUUUACAGUUAAUUUUUUGUACGACCACCGGUUAAAAUCUGUCAAUUUUUACGCCUUAAGGCUAACUUUUUUUGGCCGGCCGUAUUUUACGGCUAACGGGUUAACCCCAUCGAGAACCUCUAACUAGCAUUAUUAGAUUAGUCAAUGUGUUAUACGAAAGAGAUCUUAACUUGUAGCUAGUUUUAAAGAGGUAUUUGAUGAGGAAUCCUCGGUGUUGGUUAUAGAGAAGCUUCAUACACCCUUUGUCGCCUUAACAUUGCGCGAUAUUAACAUUUUUACCUUUUGCUUGAGUGCCUCGAAGAACUUUAUGGUCUAAUGACUGUACAGGACAUAUUAAUACUUUAGUCGAGUGUGCUGAGCCCAUAGUAUUAAGCGCCUAUAUGUCGGGGCACACAAGGGGAAAAAGUAGAAUUAAACUGGUUGCAGGUACUAAUGGUAGAAAAUUUUGGCCUCUUAUGUUCUUCAGGUGGAAGGAUUUUUCGGUUAGAGUCUUUUCUGUUUACACUCCCAUACCAGUUAGAAAUGAUACACUGGUCAGUAUAAUAGUUUUUCAAAGUGACCAAACGCAAAUGCGGAAGUGAAGUGAAGUUCACAUCCAGCACUUAGCGGGAACUGUAAAAAUGAUAGGGAAGUAAUGAAAAAAUUGCAAAAAGAAAAUUUUUACAUAGUAGCGGGUAGAGAAAAAUACAUUGAUGCAUACAUGUACUUACGAAUGAUAUUUGUAGUUUAAGUGGUUAGUUUAUUUAAUUGUGAAUCUGCCCGGCUAGACCAGGGCAAAACAUGAAUAAAUGAAUAAACUAUUACAGUUUCAAGGUC